AUGACUAGUGGGGGAACACAAGCCCAUUCAACAUCGACGGGGGAUGUGAUUAUUGUUAAGUUUGAUGCUGGUACUCAAGUCAACCUCAAAUUCGGUUCGAUUGCGUGGGUAGCAAGUCAGGGCAAUGGUGAAUUAAUGGGGUCGUUUUCAGCAAUUUAUAAACACAUUUGGAACCCGGGGAUCUUAGAGUUUUUGACAUUAAGAGACGCCAUGCAAUGGUGCCUAUCCAAAGGGUGGAAGAAAGUCAAGUUCGAAGGCGAUGCCACGCAAGUUACUAAUGCUUUUACAUUAGGCCGGUGUUCAUUGGCUAAGAGCAUUGGAAUUUGUAACGAUCUGUGGCUUCUACAAUCGUCUUAUCACCUAUGUCAGGUUAUUUUUAUAGGAAGGAAGAAUAUCACAAAAGCCCAUCAGCUUGCUCAAAGGGAAAAGGUUCAAAAUCUCUACUAUUUCCGUUAUUUAUCAUUACAUUAUAAACCACCCAAAAAAUCAACAAGAUGA